AUCAUGGAGAGGAUACGGGAAAGGGUGGUAUUGAUAUUGUUGUUUGGGGUUAUUGGCGUACAAUGCCAAGGCCUCAGUUUCAGUCAAAUGCAGAGUAUGUUUAAUCAGAUGACUGGAGGUGGUGGUGCUGGUGGUUCUGGUAGUCCAGCAGGAAUGAUGGCGACUUUAGCUGCAAUGGGAGGUAAACCUACAGCUGCCCCCGCGGCUCCUGCUGCUGCUAAACCAAACCCAUUGUCAGAAUUAUUGGGAGGACGUCAGAAGUUAUCCGAUGCUUGUUCUUACCUCAAGAGCAGAACUAGUAUUUGGGGUAAAAAUAACGCUCCCUUUAAAUUAGAAACCGAUGGUUUUUACGGCGAUGUUCGACGAGGAUACCCUAUUGAAGUUGCCAUCAAACCCUGGUCUCAAUUUCAACCAGAUAACUUCACAGAUUUUGUUAUUUACGCCACUGUGGCUGGUGCAAGUGGUGUUGGUGCCUUUGAAGCUCAAGUCAUGCAAGGAAUGCCUGGUCCAACUCUACUUGGUGUAUUCAAAGUUGUCAAUGAUUACGCUGCUGGUGCUAGAGGAUUUAUGUGUGAUCCCAGAGCCAUGGGUCCUGAUGCUUUUGGCAGUGCUGAAGAGCGAAGAAUCUUGAUCAACCGUGCCUUAAAACCGGAAAACCAAUACUGGAAAACAAGACAGCCCGCUAUAAGACAAUAUGCUGCAGCUUUAUGGUACCCAACUGAGAUGGCAAUGGGUGCUGCUAACAUCCGAUUUACAGCUAAGGUGAAAUCUGAUGGUCAUUGGUAUGAGCUGAAAUCUAAAGUACUGACCCCUUACAAUCCACCAGAUCCAUGGCAAUCAAUGGCCGCCUCCAUUUCACAAUACCAAAGAAUGCAACAACAUAUGAGACAAUUGGAAAGACAAGCAAAAGGUCCACCUCCGUAAGAAGACUACUACGCUGCAUCCUAGCUAAUCUCUAAGCUUGUUGAUAAAGUUACUAGUUCAGUAUAAUUUAAAUAUUCUUUCCUUUUCCUUCAAUUCUUCAAAACCUUCAUCAAACAAAUAACAAAAUAGAAGCACCAGAUCUAUUUAGUAAGCGAAUACCUAUCAUGCAGUUGAAAGAUGUUGCUACCGGCGGUUAAAAUUUGUUUGCAACAACUAUAUCUAUCCCUUUUCCAUGAUAACUGAAAGUUAAAUGGAUGUUCCAGAGGCCCUAAACAAACUUGGUUUGAAUUUAAAGUCAAUAUAAAUAUUGUGAGAUCACGAAACGUUAAUGUCAAACCUUUAUAUCUUGGUCUUAUAUAUUGAAUUUUAUAAUCUGACUUACAUCGGUGGUUGUUCAUGAAUUUUAUUGUUAUAUUAAUAAAUGUUUUUAAAAAGUUG